GGGGGUCCCCGCCCCUCGCCGCGCUCUGGAAUGCGGGCAGAGGGAGAGCUCCGGGCCAGGCGCGACCAUCUGCGGACAGGGGGGACGGCGCAGAAUCACAGCUCAAAAACAGACGCGAGGAGGAGGAAGAGCCGGUGAUUAGACCUAGAGACCCUCCACAGGACUCUUUAAGCCCUACUCCGCGUCCCGGACUCCCCGUCGGUGCCCCGCGCCUGCCAUCCGCUCGGCCACCUUCCCCGAGGCUCCCCCUCCCUCCCGUCGGGGCUGGUCCACCGUGGCGGAGGAGCUUGGCCGCUAGGCUUCCUUCCGGUUCGCGAGCGGAGGCCGGAAGUGGCCGUUCUCCGGAGGCUGGCGAGUUCGAAAGUGUGUGAGGGCGGCGGCGGAGCUUCGCGGAGACGCUCACUCUCGGUUCUCGCGGCUGAGUAGGGAUUUAACCGCCACCAUGUCGAGCAAAAGGGCGAAGACCAAGACCACCAAGAAGCGCCCUCAGCGCGCCACAUCCAAUGUGUUCGCCAUGUUUGACCAGUCCCAGAUCCAGGAGUUCAAAGAGGCCUUUAACAUGAUUGACCAGAACCGGGAUGGCUUCAUUGACAAGGAGGACCUGCAUGACAUGCUGGCUUCAAUGGGAAAAAACCCAACUGAUGAAUACCUGGACGCCAUGAUGAACGAGGCCCCGGGCCCCAUCAAUUUCACCAUGUUCCUCACCAUGUUUGGAGAGAAGCUGAACGGCACAGACCCCGAGGACGUCAUCAGAAAUGCCUUUGCUUGCUUCGAUGAGGAAGCCAUCGGCACCAUCCAGGAGGAUUACCUGAGGGAGCUGCUGACCACCAUGGGCGACCGCUUCACAGAUGAGGAAGUGGAUGAGCUGUACAGAGAGGCCCCUAUUGACAAAAAGGGGAAUUUCAACUACAUUGAGUUCACGCGAAUCCUGAAGCACGGAGCGAAGGACAAAGAUGACUGAAGAGCCGCGGCUUCCAGCCAUUGCUCCCUGUUGCCAUGGCGUACUUCUGAGUUUCCUCCUGGAGCCCAGUGCACGCCCUAGCUUUACUGCUUUCUGCCUUUCUUGUUUUGUAUUUAUUCUCAGCCGUUCGGGGCCACAUGUACCUUUAUAAUACUGGAAAUGGGACUUUGUCAUUAUCCGAUGAGAAAGUAAGUUAAUUUAACUUACAGGCAUAUUGUCCCUUGUAAUAACUGCAGCCCAGAAUCAAUAUAUUUUUUCAGAGAAAGUUAUCCACUCAAUUUUUUCUGAAUGAUAAUUAAACUUUCUGAUAAAAUACUUAGUUGUUUAGCGUUAUUUGCCACUUGACUUUUAAGUUUCAUGUACGCCUCUCUCUCAGCACGUGGACCAAGUGAAUAGCAGUCCUGUCGGGGUUUGGGCCAACUGCUUCCAGUUGUGUUCUUAAAGCAACCCUGGUUUUCUCGGCUCCUGUUUAUUUCUGCCUCCAGGGAGAUCAGAUAAAGACUUCGUCUUUCUUUUGGAAAAUAAUUCCUGCAGAAUUGUGACCCCUGCAGUAGCUUGACAGACCUGCUUUACCUCUUCCAUUUAAACUUCUGUGCAUUACUUCCUGCCACUGAAAUAAGAGCAGGCCGCUGAGCACUCUUAAGUUUUAUUUGUUCUAUUUUAAAGGUUCUUUGGAAUUCUUUUUAACAAAAAGGACAGAUUUUGCUGUGUUUCCAGCUGUUGGAAAUAUAGGUUUUUUUUUUUUGGUUGUAUACAGUUUUUCCUUAUUAUAACACCCCCUAUUAAAAGACCAUGUUUGUUU